GUUUCAAGGUGUUUUGGGGAGAUUUCCGAUUAACGCGCAUAACCACGUCACAUGCUUCCAACUUAUCACAAUAAAGUAGGCAAUCCACUUUAAACAUUUGCACAUGUUUUAUAGUACUUCGCGAUGUAUGUAAAAUCAAAGGUUAAAGAAGAUAACCUUUUAUCUUAAUGAGUUUAUGUUAAUUUGUGUUUACGGAUACAACUUAUUGUGGAAUAUUGAAUUCGUUUUUUUAUGGAUUGAAAAAUGUUUUUCUACGAUGUGAAAUUUGUUCUUUAUUCAAUUGUGCUCUUAACAUUAUUUGAUUUUAAUUAUACUGCAAAGUUAAAAGAAACGAUAUUUGAAAAGCUAGACAUCAAAAGACAGAAGAGAUAUAUUGAUGGAAAUGAUUUGCCGCCUUUACCAAUAACUAGCUCAUCGAAUGGCGGAGGAGUACCGUUAGUUCGCAGUGAACAUGUUAAUAAUGAACAGCAGGACCGAAGUAGUGCCGAGAAUUCUGGUUAUAGAUAUGUUAGCUCAACAUAUGAUACACAAUCUGAAAAUCAGACUCAAAAUGACAAUUCACAGGAUGAUUCUAGAAUUAUUACAAUAGGAAGUGAUCCUCAGAUCGAAUUCAGGAGUCAUCUAGAUACAAGUGAACAAGAUCGAAGACGACCGAUUCCUUAUUCUACAAGCAGUCCCCCAGUAAGAACGGAAAGUAGAUAUCGAUAUACAACUGAACAAGAUCGAAGACCGCCGACUCUUUCUACCACAAUCAGUCCCCCAGUAAGAGCCGAAAGUGGAUAUCGAUAUACAAGUACUGUAUAUUCGGGACCAGACUCACAAACAGCCUAUCGAUAUAGACCACCAAGUCAGGUUGGAUACCAAACCAGCGGUUCCAAUCGGCAAUAUCCUAAUACAGACCAACAGGGAACCAGAACGCAGUAUGGAACAGGAAGUGGACAGACUCAAUAUUCACCGUAUGUUGGUAGUGGAGUUUCGUACAAUCCAGGUGGUACAAGAGUCCAAUAUGUUGGUGGAGGAUCGAGAUAUCCAGUUUACAAUAGAAAUGAACGUGUAUAUGGUGGAAGUUCAAAUUUUAUUCCAAACAGAGGAGUUGUUUCAAAUGACCCGACAUGUCCUACAGAACCUACGCCAGUGUUUAUUAAUAAUAUGGGUUGUUCACAAGCUAUCAAUACACUAGGAUCCUUUAUAUGCUAUAAUUACGAAAGAGUCUCGAGGGAGUGCUGUGAAAGAUGUUUGUCACUGAAAAAAGCAGACAAAACAGGUUGUGAAUACGGCGAUUGGUCCUACCAAUGUAGAAAUAUACAGCCAUUUGAUUGUUAUAAUUCUCGAAAUAGAGACAUUUGUUGCGAACAAUGCAGGUUACACAAAGAUAGACAAGCUGUAGUAAUUCCCGGAUGUGAAUACGGUGAUUUAACGCCUCGUUGUCAGAUCAUCAGAGAAAAGAGACAUUUAUGUUACCUCCCAGAAAAUCAGCGUCUUUGUUGUCUCACGUGUCCUUCAUUAGCAGACCAAGAUAAGUCUGUAUGCCAGUGGGGAGAUCAGAACCCGGAUUUAUGUGCACCAUUUGAUCAGCAAAACCAGUUACGAAUUAAUUGUUACAUGCCCACGGUUAAUCAAAUCUGCUGCGAAACGUGUGAGAGACUCAAAUCAAGAAGUCAACACCAAAUACCAGGUUGUGAAUAUGGGGAUCGACCGGUUUCCUUCAGUACGCCAUAUGGAAUAUUGGAUUGUGGGAAUUAUCUCCGACAGUUUGGUGUAGACGUCUGCAACAAUCCCGAUGUAGCAACACAUUGUUGUUAUACGUGCUACAGGUAUCGCACGCGUCAAGGAAAAAAGUGAAAACGAGACUUAAUGUUUUAUUGAGAAAAAUGACCAAGUCUGUGAUAGCAAGAUAAUGUGAGGGGGUCUGGAUGGGGGAUCUUUUCAUUCUGUAGUAUUUAUUAUGUUAAUUCAUUGUUCUCUUUUCUUUUAAAAUUUUGCCCAUUAUUCUAUAUUCUUUUUAUUUUAGCACCCGUUGUUCUCUAAUCUAUAUUUUGGCCUAUCUUUUUCAGAUUUUUGGACAAUUUUCUGUAGUGGUGGCCUAUUAUUGUCUUUUCUGUUAAUCCCAUCCAGACCCUCAUGUGACAGUUGUUUUAUCUUUAUAUUCAUGUUCUUCUACUGUUCAAAUAAAGACUAUUUGAUAAUGA